AUGAAUAUAAGAAAGCAAAAUAAUUGUUGGAGUUCUGGUAAUAAAAUUCCAGCACGUUGGUGGGUAGAAGGUUCAAUAAUUGAACGUGGAAAAUAUUGGUAUAAAUGUGAAGAUGGUACAUUAAAACCACAAGGAUGUUUUUCUAAUUCAAAUAAACGUAUUAAAAUUGGUGAAAGUUAUAUUGAAAAUGGAUAUGAAAUGACAUGUAUUUUAGGUUCACAAGGAUAUUUAAGUUUUAACUUUACGCAUUGUGUUCCUGAUGGUAUUGAAAAAUAUAGUAUUGGUCAAAGUUGGAUUGAUUCAGGUAUGAAAUCAUGGUAUAUUUGUAAAGAAGAUGGUCCAUAUCUUCGUAUAGAUAUUGGUGGAUGUGUUAGUCAUGAUAAAAAAAGAAAACUAAAAAUUGAUGAAGAAUAUGAUUAUAAUGGAUUUACAUAUACUUGUCGUCAAAAAGCUGAUGGUGCUGUACAAUUAUGUGCCACAGGUUGUAUUGUAAACAAAAAACAUUAUAAAAUUGGUGAAGAAUGGCAAGACGAUAAAUUUAUUUAUUAUUGUAAACAAAAAGGUGGUAGAGCAGCAAUAUCCACAAUUGGAUGUAUUCAUAAUGGUAAAAAAUUAUUUGAUGGUGAUAGUUUUAUUGAGGGUAAUGAAUAUUAUCAAUGCCAAAUAAGAGAAACAUCACACGGUAUAAAAUCAAGUGGUUGUGUUUCAAUUGAUGAAGAUGGAAAAAAAGAAAAAAAAACAUUUGGUUGUAGAUGGAUAAAAGUACUUAAAAACGGAAAUAAAGUACAACAAACAUGUUUAGAUAUUAAUGGUAAAGGUAAAAUAUCUACAGAAGCUUGUAUAUUUGUUAAAAAUGGAAAAGAAAUUGUUUAUCUUGAACCAAAUUAUUAUACAAUCUUUACUUUACCUAAUUCAGAUGAACCAAAAAUAUAUACUUGUAAAGUAAAUGAAAAAGGAAAGUAUAAUCUUGGUGUAUUCACAAUACAUGAAAGCAAAGAUAAAACUAUUGGUAUGAAAUAUGACAGGCCUCGUGGAAAAUAA